CCACUCUCACCAACAAAUUGCUUAAACUUGCACUUGUUCUUGCAAAUGAACGCCCGUCGAAGACCGGAAAAAAAAGGCGGAUGGGGUAAUUAUUACUGUUAAUGAUAAUUAUUAAGGGAUUCGACGUGGCCGUUUCACUAAAGCCAAAAUGAAGCAUGAUCCUAUCCAAGUAUCCAACCACCACCAGCUCGGCCCUACAACCUCUAUCAAUUAUUUAAGUCCACGUCACUGUUAGGCCGACUAUUUCACUGUAUAGAAUCCAACUUUUUCUGAUUUUCUCUUUCUUCAAACCCCAAUCCUUCUAGCCUGCCAACCCAUAUCACUAUUUUUAGAUCUACCCCAUCAACCGCAUUAUUAUAUCAGCCAGAACCGCACAGUUACCAUAAAAUCUCUCAACCAAGUAUUAUUAUUAUAUUAUAAAAAGAAAAGGGGAAGCGGAAUCGGAAUCGGAGGCCAAUUAGAUUUCGUCAAAGCUCCGGUCGCCGGCUGCACGUGCUGGUCGCCUAGUUCAUGUUACGUCAUUUGUAGCUGAGUCCGGUGUGAAUUUUCAAUUUUGUAAUUAUUUUCUUUUGUUUAAUCGAACUAGUCCUUUGGAUUUUCAGAUUUGCCGGGUUUUUGGUGCGUCACUCAAUUUACGGUUCUCCUAAUAUCCCCAUUUAUAGAAGCUAGAAUCGGAACACGCUAACGCUAAAACAAAAACAAUCCGGGAAACAUUGAAAUAGUCAAAACACUUUGACCACCGAACCAUUUCUUGCUAGUGAAACCAUGCUGUGACAAAAUUCCUCCACUUAUCUUCUACUUAUUUUUGGUCUACGCCAACAGCUUCAAACAUUAAUGGCGGUUUCCAAGUCUUCCUCGAGUAAACAACAAGACAACUAUGAUCAAGAUAAUCACAAGAAAUCGGAGCCGUUGAUUCCGGGGCUACCAGACGAGAUCGCUGAGCUUUGUCUUCUUUAUCUUCCAUAUCCAUACCAAUCGCUGGUACGUUCAGUGUCUUGCUCAUGGAACAGAGCCAUAACAGACCCUGGCUUCCUUCUCUCCAAGAGAUCCUUAGCGCUUUCGCUACCUUACCUGUUCGUUUUCGCUUUCCAUAAAUCAACAGCCAGGAUACAAUGGCAAGCUUUGGACCCGCGAUCAGGCCGUUGGUUUAAAUUACCUUCCAUGCCCUGUCCCAAGGCCGUGUGCCCACCUGGGUUUGCUUGUACUUCGAUUCCACGUCAAGGCCAGCUCUACGUUUUGGGUGGUAUGCGCUCGGACACAGAAACUUCCAUGCAGUCAACAAUCGUCUACACUGCAUCCACAAAUCAAUGGUCCAUAGCUUCUUCAAUGAUAACCCCACGAUCAUUUUUCGCCGCCGGGAAUUUUAACGGUAAGGUCAUCGCCGUCGGUGGAAGUGGGACCGGGUAUAAUGAUUCCAUCACCUCCGUAGAAUGCUAUGAUCCACAGAAGGACACGUGGGACUUCGUCGCUAAAAUGAGUAUGGGGUUGGCCAGGUACGAUUCAGCUGUGGUAGGGAGCAAGAUGUACGUGACAGAGGGGUGGACGUGGCCUUUCAUGUUUUCGCCGAGAGGAGGGGUCUACGACCCGGAGAAUGACACGUGGCAGGAAAUGAAGGACGGGAUGAAGGAAGGUUGGACCGGGGUCAGCGUGGUUGUGGGUGACAGGUUGUUCGUCAUUUCAGAACACGGUGACUGCCCGAUGAAGGUAUACAUCGCUGAUCAUGACGCGUGGCAGUAUGUGGGAGGUGAUAGAUUCCCACGUGAGGCAAUGCGGAGGCCUUUUGCUGUGAAUGGAGUGGAAGGGAAAAUCUACGUGGUCUCAAGUGGGCUAAACGUGGCAAUAGGGACGGUAUUUGAGGGACAAAACGGGGAGUUUUCCGCAGAGUGGGAGGUUGUGGCUGCCCCAAAGGCUUUUCACGACUUUUCUCCUUCUAAUUGCCAAGUGCUUUAUGCCUAAAAAUCUCUCUCACGUACUAACUCUUACUAGUAUAGUAUAUAAUAUCAUCAUAAUUCAUAUUUCAUAAUUGUAAUUGUAAGACCAGGGUGGAGCUUUACUCUUUUGAUUUCAGGUUCUCUAUAUUAUGUGGUGUAAUUAAGUCGUCGUGUAUUUUGUUUUGCUGGGCACUUAGCCAAUUUUUAGAUAGAGUGCGUGUAGGGAUAUGAUUUACAGCUGGUUUGUCCUCUAUGCAGUGACAGAUUGGCAGUGCUAGGAAAUUUUUGUUUUC